UAAUUCCCUGACAGUUCCUCCUGCAAAGACCAAAACAACAAACCAGGGUUGCAGCUGCGCUGCUUAUAAACACACAUUUGGGUGAAUAGCGACAGUAAAGGCUUUGAGAAGCCUUGGAUUUCUCUUCUCGUUCUGACACUAAAGCUGGGAUGAAGAAUAUUGAAUCUAAUUUCAGUCUUUUUAAUGGCAGGUAUUGGAAAUUUCACAGUAAGAAGGAUGACAUUUUUAUCAAACAUAUAAGUGCCUUAAGCCCUCGACAAAGAUCUUUACCGCAUCCGUAAAUUGUAUUUUUCGUACAAUCAAUGCUUUUGGAGGUUAAAAUAGUCAUUGUGUUGAAUUGAGCGAUAGCUGCAACAGUUAUCCAGAUAGCAAGAUUCAAAUAACCGUGUAGUGCGCGAGUUUACCAGUACGACCCGUUGUGUCCCGUGUGUGCAAGGGAAGCACAGCAGUUAUCACAUUUGCGUCAUUUACCAACGGGACGGCUACCGAGCUGAAGACGAAAUAACAUUACGAACUUUUGAAGGAAAUAGCCAGUGGAGCUAAGCUACUCCCAAAGUGACAACCCACAAGCUGUCAAUCUGUAUCCACCUAGUGUUGAUAAUUUGUCCACUAGUGUCAGCAUAGGUGAUAUAGGGUUCUGUCUUUCUGUACACAUUUGUGCGCUGAUUACACUUGCGCGGCAAGAUGAAACUCCUGGAAAACUCCAGUUUUGAGGCCAUGAACACCCGACUCACCAUUGAAACUGGAGACUGCCAGAUAAUAGGACGGAUUGAGAGCUACUCCUGUAAAAUGGCGGGGGAGGACAAGCAGAUGUUUAAGCAGUUCUGUCAGGAGGGGCUCCCUCAUGUCCUGGAAGCUCUCUCUCCACCACAGUCCUCCGGCAUCAGCCCCAACAAGCUGAGCCACAGCCAGAGUGGGGAUGAGGGGGAGGGGCCUCUGUCUGACAAGUGCAGCAGGAAGACUUUAUUCUACCUGAUCGCCACCCUCAACGAGUCCUUCAGACCAGACUACGACUUCAGCCGCACCAAGAGCCACGACUUCAGCAGGGAGCCCAGCCUCAACUGGGUGUUCAACGCCGUGAACAGCAGUCUGUCUGCUGCUGCAGGGGAGGAGUACAGCCGCCUGCAGGCCCAGCUGUGGGAGGCCAUCGACACGGAGAUCUGUCUGUCUGAGUGUGACAUCUACAGCUACAACCCGGACCUGGACUCUGACCCGUACGGAGAGGAGGGAAACCUCUGGUCCUUCAACUACUUCUUCUACAACAAGAGGCUGAAGAGGAUCGUCUUCUUUACCUGCCGCUCUGUCAGUGUGUUCAUGGCCCCGCGAGGCUCUGGGAUGGGGAAUGAGGAGCUGGAUCUGGAGCUGGAGGAGGAAGACAUGGAUGAGGAGAGGUAUGGGGCUCUGUGUGCUUAGUGACGCCUCCCAUUCCCAGACAACAGCCCUGACCCCUGACCCCUCUUCAGAAGGCACCCCGCCCUCCGCAGCCACACCAUCCUCUUCAUCCAGACAGCAGACCAGGGGAAUUCAGACCUUGGUCCCUAUGGGAAGUUUGGUGUUAGAGUAGGAGACGGUGCUGCCUGUACCUCCUGACCAGUGUGAAUCAGCAGACUGCCUUCCUUCAGUAGUGGACUGGCUGCCCCUUCCCCUUGCUUCCCUUACCAACGCCCCCCCUGCACGUUGAUUGGCAUGUAGGCCCUAAAGUCCCCAUUGGUUGUCUGUAGGCAGGAUGUGAUGUCAUUGAUUCAAAACAAUAUGAUUUCUUACACCUGUUCCAAUGAUAACCAUUUCCUGUUUGAGUUUUUUUUUUUUUUUUUUUGCUGUUCAUAUCUUUUAUUUUACCAUUCCACCCCAGUUUGGAUUCCACUCUGUCUACCUAGUUACUGUGAUCGUCAGAAGCUAAAUGCUUUGUGAUGCCUUAUGUUAAGCUUGGUUGUUUGUGAGGUCUGAUGACAUUUUCAUGUAUCGUUUUCUCCACCGUCAACCAUUCCAGUUUUCCUGGCUGACCUGUAGAGGUCAUAUUAUACCCAAGUUGGAUGAUGUCAUAGGAAUGCUCUAGACCAUGGGACAAAAAAAGACAAAAUGGCAGCCAUCUUGAUGUAGUUAGUAUGUUUGGGAGUGGUCCCAACUGAGAAAGUGGCCUGUUUUGUUGUGGUCUGAUGUGAGACAAAGAGAGAGUCUGCUUUCAGUUUAAUCUUAACCAGGAUCCAAUGAAGUGAGAACAAUAAUCUUACAGAUUUAUAGAUUCACCUCUGGUUAAGGGAGUUGUGUUCCCACUGCAGCGUGUUAAGCACUAGUUAAGGAUAGGGCUGUGUUCCAUCAGGACUAUUUUAGAGACUUUUUGUCCAUCUGAGAAACAUAGUGCUGCAGAUUGUAUCAUCUAUGGCAGCUUACAUCAGACUAGCUCUGGAAAGUCUGAGAAUGUUUAGGUUGUACUCCUCUGCAGUGUGUAUCUGUAGUCCACAUGACCUGUG